AUGAAACGCCCAGUUACUCAUGCACAGGUCUCACAGUGGGAGGCUAUUAGGAAGAAGAAACGUGCUGAAAAGGAGAAAAUUGAAGCUGAAAUACGCAGACUUGAAGCUAUACAAGUAAAUGGUGCUGCUACAAAUAUCAGACCAGAAAACGAGUACUUACAACAAACCGUCAAUGUACCCAAACGAAAACUACAACCAGAAAUAGAUCUAGAUAACGACGAACCACAUUGGUUCUCAAAAAAGAAGACAGAAACAGAAUGGUCACCAAUCACCACAGGAGAAACCGAAGAGGUGUUUAAAUUCUUAGAUAGUAUAAAAAACCCUCCAACUUCACCUAUACCUAUUGCCAGCACUUCACACCAAGAAAACCCUCAAUCAGAUGAAUUUGACGACUUUAUAAAAACAUUGAAAGAAAUGACUGGUACUGAACCAGAACACGAAGAAGAUCAAUUAUGGACCAUUGUUUACAGAGGUCCUCCACCAAAAUUUGUUAAGGGUAAUCGUAUUAACACAAUCAUAAUAAAUCAUUUUGAUCACUAUCACUUUGUUUUCCAAUCAUCCAUUCAUAAUCGAUUCCGCACUAUGCGUAAUAUAUUAAAUGCCGGUGGUAUAACAUGCGACGUAGGAGUAACUUUACAAGCUGUGCGAAACUGGCACGUUUUCAUGGCAUAUCUAGUCCGGAAAACAAAUUACACGUCUGAAUUAAUUGGCAUUAAGCUCAAAAAUUAUUAUGAUCAAUUUCAGCUCGUUACACUUAAUGAAAAAGAUUGUUCACUAUUUACGAGAGAAUCUUGUAGAGAAUCACGACCAUUGAAUAAUAAUCGAAUGCACAGGAGAACACAUUUGAUGGAUUUGGUUACACUACAUAAUGUUACACAAAUGCGACAAUUUAAACAUAAAUUAUCGGCUGAGACCAGAGCGAAUGAAUACGAUGAAUACGGCAAACAAUGGGAAGAAACUGCUCUACUAUGUAUCGAAAUUUAUAACGAAACUAACAUGAAGAAACAAAUGUCAGCUUCAUUUCUGGAAUGGAUCUCCGAAAAUCACCACGAAAAAUAUUGCUACCAUCCAGAUCCGGUGGUCCGAUGCUUUUUUUAA